GUCGUCGUCGCCGUCGCCGCCGCCGCCGCCGUUACCGUCGUCGUCGUCGUCGCCGUCAUCCUCGUGGUCAACGUCCGCGUGUUCGCUACCACCGUUCUCCACGUCGCUCGUCGCUCCGCCUCUACGUCCGUGAGGGGGAUUCGGUGCUGAACGGCGCGGGUUUUGCGGCAACAAGGUGUCAGGAUGGCGGGCAAUAAGGGUACAGGCAUCACCAUGCACAUAAAGCCCGUGGAAGUUUCCGAGCAGCUGCAAGGUGGAGAGAAGUUUAUCAAGUGGGACGAGGAUUCCGGGGUGGCAACGCCGGUGACUUUGAAAGUGGAUAAAUAUGGUUUUUAUUUACACUGGGUGGAUCAAAAUAACGAGAUGGAUAUGCUGGACAUAGCAGUUAUAAGAGACACUCGCACAGGAAAACAAGCAAAGAUGCCAAAGGAUCCAAAGCUGAGGUCUCUCGUAACAAUGGGCUCUCAAGACUCCUUGGAAGACAAAACUGUAACAGUCUGUUACGGCUCCGACUUUGUCAAUAUGAGUUUCAUUAAUUUUUGCACAACGCGUGCAGAAAUAGCACAACAUUGGGCAGAGGAGCUCUUUCAAAUGGCGUACAAUUUGAUUCAAUUAAACACUAGCACAACUAUGUUCUUAUUGAAGGCACAUACCAAGCUUGCACUUACUGCUGAUAAGAGUGAAAAGAUACCGGUAAAAAAUAUAAUAAAGAUGUUUGCACAAAACAAAGAUGAUCGCAAGCGUGUUGAGAAAGCACUCGAUAUUUCUGGCUUUCCAUCUGGCAAAAGCGACGUCGUGCCGUUGACAAAAUUCCAAUUUGAAGAUUUUUUCAACUUUUACAAGUCUCUCACUCAGAGAACAGACGUGGAGAAAGUGUUCGAGGGAAUUAUUGGCAGCAGCAAACGCAAGUUAAUGUCCGUUUCGCAAUUUGUGGACUUUCUGAACAAUACGCAGAGAGAUCCACGCCUCAACGAGAUACUGUAUCCAUACGCAAACGAAGCAAGGGCAAAGGAUAUCAUAAAUCAGUACGAACCCAACAAGUCUAAUGCAAAUAAAGGACAGCUCAGUUUUGACGGAUUCUUGAGAUAUCUUAUGAGCGAAGACAACCCGAUUGUGGCUGUCUCCAAAUUUGAAUUGUCCGACGAUAUGGAUCAAUCGCUCCCGCAUUAUUUUAUAAAUUCUAGUCACAAUACAUAUUUAACAGGACACCAACUUACCGGAAAGAGUUCAGUGGAAAUUUAUCGUCAAUGUCUUCUAGCCGGUUGCCGAUGCGUUGAAUUAGAUUUCUGGAAUGGGAAAUUUGAAGAACCCGUUAUUGUUCAUGGAUAUACAUUUGUACCUGAAAUAUGUGCCCGAGAUGUGAUAGAGGCAAUAGCUGACACCGCUUUUAAAACGUCAGACUAUCCGGUCAUUCUCAGUUUCGAAAAUCACUGCAAUCAAAAGCAGCAAGCCAAAAUCGCUCAGUACUGCAGAGACCUUUUCGGGGAAAUGUUGCUCGAUGUGCCACUCGAGUCGCACAAGUUAGAGUCGGGUCAAGAGCUCCCACCACCGUCGCUACUAAAACGCAAAAUAAUAAUUAAAAAUAAGAAGAAGCAUAAAAAGCAUCAGAAGAAACAACAACCGCAAGUUUUAGUUACUGUUGAAGGUACCCCAGAGAAUGAAACUAAUGGAACGGUGAAUCCAUGUGCUGCAGGAGAAAACGGUCCUCCACCGGAUAUUAUACCACAAAGUGAAAUGGGCGAUGAUGGUGAAAAUGAGCAGCAAAUUGGAAAUGGCGAUAUUUCCCAUCCAAUGUUGCAACAAAGGCAAGGCAGUAAAGACAGCGGCCAGGAUGAUGAAGACGAAGACGAUGAAUCAAGUACAGAAGAUGACGAGUCUAACGUGGAAGAUAUCAAACUGAGACUAGGUGACAAGGUUGUGCCAGAUAAAUCUGCGGCCAAAGAGACGGAGGCGGGCGCAGAAAUUUCAGCUUUAGUUAAUUAUGUGCAGCCCGUGCACUUCAAUAGCUUCGAAUCGGCUGAAAAGAAGAAUCGCAAGUACGAAAUGUCAUCCUUCGACGAGAAGCAGGCUACGACUCUCUUGAAAGAGAAGCCACUAGAGUUUGUGAAUUACAACAAGCACCAACUAUCUAGGGUUUACCCAGCGGGAACGAGAUUUGAUUCCAGUAAUUUCAUGCCGCAAGUAUUUUGGAACGCGGGAUGUCAGUUGGUCGCGUUAAAUUAUCAGACGCUCGAUCUGGCGAUGCAAUUAAAUCUGGGAAUAUUUGAGUACAAUCAACGUUGCGGUUACAUAUUAAAGCCGGAAUUUAUGAGAAGGAAAGAUCGGCGAUUAGAUCCCUUUGCCGAGUCUACCGUUGAUGGUAUUAUAGCAGGCACCGUUCACAUCCACGUGAUAUCCGCACAAUUUUUAACCGAUAAAAGAGUAGGAACUUACGUGGAAGUCGAUAUGUACGGCUUACCAGCGGAUACCGUAAGGAAGAGAUUUCGCACAAAAAUCGUACCGAAUAACGGUAUUAAUCCCAUAUACGACGAAGAGCCGUUUGUAUUCAAGAAGGUAGUUUUGCCGGAACUUGCCUCGCUAAGGAUAGCGGCGUAUGAAGAAUCUGGACGUUUAAUCGGUCACAGGGUACUUCCCGUAGUCGGAUUAUGCCCAGGGUACAGACACGUAGCGUUAAGAACAGAGUGCGGGCAACCGUUACCAUUAGCCAGUCUGUUUUUACACGUUAUCGUGAAGGAUUACGUUCCUGACGGUUUGAGCGAGCUUGCCGAAGCUUUAGCGAAUCCUAUUAAAUAUCAGAGCGAAGUGGAGAAGCGAGAGAACCAGUUGCUGGUUCUUACAGAUUGCUUGGAAGAACCGGAAGAAAUCGAGGAUAAAAGUAAAGUUGGCGAUACUCCCAGCACUGCUAAACCAGCUGAGGAAGUUGUAAAAGCUAAACGGUUACAGUCCGUGGGCGAGUUGCCAAGCCUUUUAUCAACUUCCAGUAGCUUACAUGGUAGACCAUCUAUCGGCGGCUUAGGUAGUUCGGACACGGUGGAUAUGGACGACGAUACUCCCUCUUCUGCAGUUCAAUCAGUCGAUACGUCUAUAAAUAAAAGCCCAGUCAAUGCUAGCAAUAUAAGUGACGAAAUAGUAGCCGAAAGUUUGGAAAAACUCAUGGAGAACAAGCUGGUCAGGGAGAAGAAGCUGGAACUCGAGAAGAAACUUGAAUCCCUGAGGAAGAAGCACGAGAAGGAGAAAAUGCGGUUGCAGUCGCAGAAAGCCUCGUUUGACGGCGAGAAGCACAGAUCGAAGUUCUACAUGAGCAACAGACUGGUGAAGCGACUGUCGAGUAAAAAUAUCAGUUUUUCGAGUGAAGGGGGUUUAAGCACCUUGGCCAUAGGCGAGACCUCCGAAUGUCCGGAGAACGCGGAGACUCGCGAGGGGAACGAUGGUACCAGGGGCUUGCCCAGAAGUCAAAGCGAACGAUUUUUAGCCGUGUGUAAGGCGCACGUUCAACAGGAACGUGAGCUUCAAGAAAAGUAUUACGAGAACCUCUUUACGACUGUCGAGAAAGUGAUGAGAGCAUCGCAGUCGAAUCAAUUGAAAAUGCUUCAGGAGCUUCUAAACAGAGAGACCGCGGACGUUAAGCGAAAACUGCAGGCUACGAGACAAGGGGAGGUCAAACAAUUGGCCAAGGUGCACAAAGACAAAGCCGAACUGGAACGUAUAAAACGCGAAGUCGCAAAAUCGACGGUGGAGAAAGGCGUGAACGAAUGUACGCGCUUGACGAAAAUUUUCGACAAGAAGAGAGCUGAGUUGGAGAGGCAGCACGAGGAAGUGCGGCAAAGGCUGGAAGAGGAGCGAGCCAAGGUGAAAGCUAACUUGCUGGCGGAGUACAGUAGCCGCUACAGCAAAUACGAAAGCGGUGAGUUACCCCUGUCACCGUCUGGCGGAGCCAGCUUGCCCGAGUCGCUUAGCGAGAAUACAUAUUGACUCGCGAAACGAGUUGUCUAGCUGUGUGUUAAUUAAGGACGCGGCAUCGAUCCAUGGAUGUCCGUGUCUCGUGCCAUUGUACGCGUCGUCCAAAGCAUCCAGUUAUGCAAUCUGGUGCGCCAAACGCGAAUCGCAGUCUGAAUUCUGCAACGAGAGAUACGCGAUGGGGAAGGGGAGAGAAAUAGAUGUUACUCGGACGCAAUAUCUUCCCGACACAUGUACGAGAAAACGAAUCAAUAACGACUAACGGAACGUUGGCAUGUAGCGCUUAUCUACAGCUGCUUGGCGACGAUAAAACGUUCUUGCCAUCUCGCCGGGGAUGUUGACACCGUGAUGGUGUUGUGACGAGAGAUGACGUGAUUUCAGGCAGCUCGGUGCCACGAGGCACGAGUUAACGUCUUGACUAUUAUGUAUUACGGUACAAUUGUGUACAUACAUAUAUAUAUAUACUGAUCUUUUACCAUUUAAUACUUCAAGGAAAUUAGAUGUCGAAUAAUGUGGAUCGAGGUAAUUUUCUAUUACUUCAACGCUGUCUUUUACUAUGAUGAUCAUUAUUCGACUGAUGAGCGUUGAUCGUGUAUGCCGGUCGAUUUCUCAAUCGAUUGUGUCUCACGCCUACGUCUUGAUCUCUUUACGAUAAAAUAUCUGCUUAGUAACGCGAAAGAGAGAAAGAGAUAAUGUCAGCAGACUUCAGUGAGAAAUGCGAGUUCCGCAUUAUUUGCACACAGUAUUAAGCAGUUUGAGAGAUUCCGGGAUCUAUGAUAGUCGCUGACGUGACAGUCGAUUACAUAUUUGCAUGAUCUUAACGAAGCAUUAAGAUCGUUCGCGAGAAAUACGCACGAGAGAGGUACAUAUAUAUAUAUAAUUCUAAAUAAGGAAAAAUAAUACAACAAACCUUCCUAAGUGCUAACAUUUAAUAUUGUUGUUAUAUGCAUAAGGCAUCGUUAUUUAAUCGACUAUAUAAACUAAGUCUAAUCGCGUUCCAAGAUGCUCCGUUUAGAUUGGUCUUCGAUUAUUAAAAAGAUCAGAUCUCAGGAGAUUCCAGUCAGAAUAAUGUAACAAGUAUACUGAGAGAGGAUGAAAUCUCUUUGGCCUAGAGGAGAAACAUUGGAAAAUGUUGAGAGAAGUCUGCACGAACGCGCGAGUGAUCUGAUAUAUUUUUGACUGAAAGUACUCCGUAUAAAAUAAAAUUUUUUUUCUGGGGAUGCCCGCACCGCGAAAGUACUGAGACACUGUCCUACCGGAGGCACGAGAGUGUCCUGGUAUCCCAUUGUGUAGAGCGAUUCCGGUCGGGCAGACCUCUUUGAGGAAGACAAUCAAAAAUGUUACGACGUAACAUUGUCCUUGUUGUUUCUAAUUGUACGAUAUUUUAGGCUACGCGCUACGAUACGUAUACACAGGUAUCUGAAGGGAUUCUUCGUAGUAAUAACGAACUUAGGAUUAAAACUUAUCCCGUCAUCAAAUCUACAUCGUGUAUAAAUUUGUUAUUUAUUUAACGUGUUGAUUUAGUAAAAGCAGAAAAGCAGAGGUACGCGGGGUGUAUCUGCUUGGCGAUAGUCGCAUCGAGUAAAGAUGAUCGAAUCAAAGAGAGAGAGAGAGAGAGAAGAAAAGAAAAACGUUUUUCAGGGAUAUAUAAUUGCAUCUACAUUUAAGUAGAACACACACUUGCUAUCUUAUUGCCACAAUUUCUCUUAUUCAUAUUUUAUGCUCAUCGAAGAAUUGCGUUCUUUAUUUCAAUCUAGAGACUGCACUAUCUCUUUCGUAAGUUUCUCUGUUGUUAAAUAUUUGGCAGAUAGUUGGGCAGAAAAUUGUUAACGCAUUCGCGAUCCAGUACACAUUGCACACAGCACAAGCUAUCUCUUGGCAGUUAGUGUUUUCGAAAUUUAGACUUUUUUUUAUGCGUUGCAGCUAUGAAUUUAAGUACAUUCUUUCGUUGCGUGUACUUAUAUCGAAAGAGUCGUACUUUGAUCUGAUCGAUUAUUAUAGUUUUCCAAUAAGAAUGCAUGCGCACAGAUAUGAAAGUACAGUUGCAAACUUGAACGAAUCUCGAUACGAAUUAUAUUUCGACGUUAUAUUUUACAUCGAGCUUCUCAAAGCACAAAGAAUAUAUGUUCAUCUCAAUUUUAUAAACACAUAUAAAAGUAGAAAUUAAAAAAAUUUUUAUUUUUUAUUUUCUUCUUUUUGUAUGUCUGCAUUGUUUUACAAUUUUGUCGAGCUUACAAUCUUUUAUUCAGUGUUUUUAAUUCUUCGAAAUUACAUUUUGAUGUAAUAUGAGGAGAUAUGAUAUUAUUUCUACAAACUUAAUCAAAAUUUUAUAAUUAUACUAUUUAAUUUGUAUAUGUUUUAUAGAUAUCAGUUUUAUAAUUUUGCCAUCGUGUGCACCAAUAGUCAAUGGCCAUUUGUCACAGUCUAUUAAUUCUGUUCUCUCUGUACACUAUUGUUCGCAACACCGUCGAAUCACUCGCGAUUAUGGCGUGAAUUCUAACAAGCAGAGAAAAACUGGAAGAGCAACUAAGACAUACGCAUUUAUUAUUGCAAACGAUAGUGCAUCCCGUAAACUUAAGAAUCUCAAAGUUAUAUCCCGUGCACCUCCCUCAGAUUUAGUAAGAUUUCGUUUGCGAUAGACAAAACGUAUGGCAUUUAGUUCACUUUUGAACAGUCGCUGCGGCGUCUUUCACGGAAAGAAAAGAGAGAGAAACAGGGAGAAAGAGAGAGAGUAGCUGAUAUAUGUAUUUCAUAUUUUAUUUCGACAAAGUACGCAGAGUUACCAUUUCUUAGUCGACGUUCAUUAUCGCGAUAGCAAUUUUGUUUUUCAAGUUACCGAUUAUUCAUGAGGUUGUAGCUUGUAUCGUAGCGAACGUGACUGAUUUUAUCCGGGCACGGGUGAUCGUAGAUAAUUGUAAUAAGGAUAAUAUGAACGAUAUUAUAUGUAUAUUUAGCGCAAUGCGUUUAACUCUUCUGACCGAUAUGCUCGGAAUGUACGGCGAAGAGAUCAAUAUGUGUGGACAUCAAGUCUUUGCAAAAUUGGGUAGAUGCCACGUUGGAUAAAAGUACGCAUUCUCUGCGGCAUCUCGGGCAACUCCCGUGGCGAUAUAACAACGGAAGAAAUCGAUUAGAUGCGUAACGCAAUGCGUAAAUUCUACGGUACAGGAUACACUGAAUUUCUAUCGUCACGCAUUGAUAUUUGUUUUUUCCGGUGUUCUGAUAUUUAAUUCAGGGUACUUUUUUUUUAUCCCGAACGCGGUAAUGAAUUUAUUUGUUACAUGUAAGUUUUUCGAUGUUUCACCUCUCCGUAAUGAAGCAGAGUUUAGUACGAGCGUUUUGCGAAUUUGCGAAUUGUAAUGGACGUUUUCGAGCUUGCGAUAUUAAUAUAUACGUAUAUAGAGAUAAUUGACUUUGUCGGUUACGGCAUUGAAGCGUGCAAUCUCUUUUGAUAUAUUUUCGUUAACUACGCUAACUAAGUUACAUUAUCAUGUUGAGGUUGACGACGAUAUUGAAACGACAUGUGCGAAAUAAUUGGGAUAUAAGCGAUAAGAGUGAGCAAACGGAAUGCAUAUUUCCUGUAUAGAUUUUCCUUGUGUUCCAACGGUAUUUAUCCGAGUUUUAGCUUUGUUAUCCUUGUCAAUUGAGGAGUUGGAAGUCGAAUUCACGCUGCUAUUCUUUAUACAAUUGUACAUUGCAUCCUGAUAUUAUUAUACUCGUGCGUUAUAUCAAAAUAUUAUAUUUUAUGGAUAACGUUUGUUAUCGUCGCCCUUGUCAAAUUACGUAAACUAUCAACCUGUUUUCUUCCGAAGUUUGCGUUACAUCUAUUUCUAAACGAAGCCAUUUACGCUGCUGUCGCAUCCAAUUCCUCGAUUGCAGUCGUUUCGCGUAUAGUGUGAUUUACCUAUGCAUUUAUGUCCUUCGACUAGUUCAGAUCAAGCCGCUGUGUGUAUUUUGUCGGAGAUCUUUUCCCGCGCACUUGUAUGUGGAUGGAUGUCGCACAUACUUGCUUGGGACACGAUCGCUCUUCUCCUACAUUCGUGUAAUGUACAUAUGUACGCGCGUAUGUACGUUACACACACAUGCGUGUGUACAUAAGAUAAGUUUAGUGACUAACGGGAUAUAGAUAUAAUAUAUUAUAUAUAUUCACGUUGAUAUAUUAUAUGUGUUGUUGUUGUUGAUGUUGUUAAUCGUAGGAUAGCCGUGAAAAGAAAAAUGGUAGCGCUAACGUAAUCGUUGUUAAUAUAAGAACUACAGCAGAAUAAGAGUUCUCUACGCUACGACGAACACGUUCGCGGACGGAUUGUUAAUUAAUCGCAGCAUCGAUUGAUGCGCGCGUCACGAUGUUAUCAAUUUGUACCUGCGAUCUUAUCUGUCUUGACCACUCUGGCGUUAGCCUUUUUUUUCCCUUGGACAUUGCUUCUAUUGAAGGACCUCUGAUUCGAGAAUCGCUCUCAUUAUCAGCUCUAGAAUCUCUCAACCGGUGUUUAACGUCAAGGUGGUCGACUCUAGUGGGCGGUGCCGGCUACACCUAAGGUUUGCCAAAUAGAUAUUUAUAGAACAUGUCGAGCUACGCCGAGGAUCCCCGUAACGGACGUGUCUGUCGUUCUAGAGUAACCGCGAAGGUUCGCAGAUGUAUAUUAUACGUAAUACAAAGGAUUUGAAACGGCCUACAAUCGUAGUGACUUCGGCUCAGCUUGUUGUAUCGUUCCGUUCUCUCAGAAGAUAAUUGCACUUGCCGCUUUAAGUCCCGAGGUUCAAAUUGGAGGGGGCGUCUAAAACGUCCGCCGCUGUCGAGGAACUUGAGCGUUAGAUCGUCUACCCGCAGCAGACUCAUCCGCGAGAUCUUUCGCCUACUCUUAUCCGUGUUUAUCGCGUCCCACUCGUAGCGUCGCGUCCCUCGUGCUCACCGUGUGUAGUAAGGAUCUCCUUAACAACGAUUCUUCGUACCUGACCGUACUAUUGUCCUCGACGUUGCGUCCCUCUUCGAUCCACUCGUAUCGAAGACAGCGAAAAAUCUUUCGACGGAUAUGUCUACGAAGAAAGCACAUAUACAUAUAGUAUAUAUAUAUCUAUAUACAAUCUGUUCUCUCAAGCGCUCACAAGAGAUGUAAUAUUCUGGCGGUCAAGAUUAGGCUGCACCGACAUUACGAAGACAUUAGGAUUCUAUCGCUGCGUAGCCGCCUCCGCCGCCGCUGUUUUUUUUUUUGAUCGUCUAUCAAUUUUAGCAGCGACGUAAUCGCCAAUUCUCAACCGACAAUGAAGUAGAAUAAAUUCGAUGUAUGUGUAAAUAUGGUGCAACGACGAUACUCAAUAGACAGCAAAUCUGCGUUGCUGGUCCGAGUUGACGGUGAACUCCACCCUGAGAAACCUCGCCUUACAACGCUGCACGUCUACGUGUAUACCUUUAGCGAUCGAUAGCAUCCUGAUUCAGCGGGAUGCGAACGUAUACUGCGAGCAAAAAAAAAGAAGGAACAUGAAGCACAGCGCGAAUCUUACGUUCAACGAUCCCGUAUUCCGCUUCGCGAUCGAGAGCUUGUAACGUAGCGUCGUAGGGUCGUUUGAUUGCGACGCUUGUUGGCAAAUUUUGCAAUGAUAAAACAAAAGGGGAGGAACGCGGUGGGCGGUAAGAAGAGAAGAAAAACCGCGAAGAGGGCAAGGUGGAAAAGAAAGCAAACUCGUCGACGAUUGUAACGCGGUAGCGAUCGAUAACGCGGCGCCCCCGACGGCGUUGCACCACGUGGCGGAGCACGGCAUAUAUACAGACGUAUACGUUAUCCACUUUGUACCGAGAGUAGUCGCGUCCCGUACAAAAUGAUUUCGUCUUCCCUCCUUAGCUUUAGUCGCGGCGACACGAACGACGACGUGCCGCGCCGAAUCUCGUUAUACUUAGCGUACCGGCCCUUCGCGCCCGACCACGUUGCUCGCGUUCGAUCCGGGUCUCGUCCAGGUCGAUACCUUUACCGCUUCGUAACGCGUUUCGUUAAAUUUUCAUUGUAUUUUUCUCAGCUGCACACUAGGAAUCACCGUUGCCUUCCCAUAUGAAUUUAGGCACGUGGAACACAUACAUUUUUCGUGCGUGUAUAUGCAAAAUGUAUUAAUGUGUUGACAUGUGCGCAAAUUCAUGUGGGAAGGCAUCAGUGAUUCCAAGGGUACGUCUCUUUCCUUUGUUCGACGAUCGGUCCCGUUCGACUCGUCGGUCGUACCCUUUCGUUUCCUUUUUUUUUUGUAAAUAACGACGAGAAAUUAUAACGAUUUAUUGUGUUCACAAUUUGUUUUAAUUUCGCAUCUUAUCUCCCGUUUGUUCCCUUCGCCCUCCCUGUUUCCAUUUACGUUAUAUUAAUUUAGUAGAUAUCGAUCAGAUAAUAUUAAUAGUGUGAAUUAGUACGGAAUCAUCAUUUCCGUGUAAUUGUUAACGUUAAUCGGAAGCGAGAUUAUUUAGUAGCUUGCAACAAUGUUAAACGUAAUUAGGCAGCGUGAUUCGAUUAUGCAUAAUGAUGACCGAUUUCCAGCAACCGCAACUAAAUUACUUGCGUUUUUUAUUGUUUUCGUGUUCCCCGUUCGCGUCUACGAUAAGCUUAAUCUUGUGAUUUUUCGCCGCGCGUGUCGCAUUUCGAUUACGUGCAUUUCAUCCGUGCUAAAUCCAACGAGACUAACAUCCCACUAUGAAAGUACCUAAGCAGCAACGGUCUUAAACGCGUAAUUAAUGUAUUCUAUUCGCGGUGUCUCUCUACCGCGGUAAGCGUGAACUUAUAGUAAAGCGUGGCUCUCGAAUACACGGCGCGUAUUUUCGCCGCACAUAGGACGCGUGACGGAAGACUCGAAGGAGGAAACGCUGUCGAGAAUUAAGCGAUUUCGGUUAUGCUCUUUCGUCACGUUAGCGAUUCCUCGCGCGCUGAUUAACGAAGCGUCGGUAGGGUGAAGCAAUGCAAUUUUUGAACCGAGAUCUUAUUUCUAUGGGUACUCGCAGACCUCUUUUUCCGCAGUUUGCUGAAACGAGAGCUUUUCUAGAGACCUUCGUUCUGUAGAUUUUACUAAUUCCCCGUGGAAGAAAAUAAGUUCUCGUAGAUUUGUUUCUCCCGCUGGCUUCCCCCGUGCUUUUCUAUAGAUCUUUCUAUAUACGCGCAGUUUUAUAAGUGACUAAUAUUUACGAAUGAAUUGAUCCUGCGUGACUCCUGACGAGUCUUGAUUUUCCAUCUAGACGCUUUGAUUUUAUUUAAAAAAGAAAACAGCUACAUUCCACAUCUCUAACGUUUCGUGAGUCCCGUAUUUCCGGUCUUCCCCGUGCUUCUACGCAGCACGACUCGAGGUGUCACAUGAUGUUUCUCGCAUUCAACUUUUACGUCUUCCAAAUUAUUCUUUUCAGCGGGGACUCGGAAUGCUUAUCCGAUUUUCGGGGUUUGAAAGAUGUAAAGGUAUAUGAAUUAUUAAUCGCGCCGUGCCGAGAGAUAAACAUGGGCGAGGCAGUAUCGAUAGAAAUAAGAUGUUUGUCCCGCUCUUAACAAUAGUUGUCGAUUAAUUAUGUCGAUGGUGUCUGAUUACAUAAUAUACAUAUAUAUGUGUGUGCGUGUGUGUAUGUGUAUAUCUCGCGACGCACCGAUCUUAAUCGCGACGAAAAGUACGUAAUGGGAAAACGAUUGAGGCGUAGAGUAUAUUAAUUUCAUCCAAAACUAAUUUCUCCUCUCUCUGACUCACUUGUGCCUUGCCCUCGAUCAUCCUUCGCUGUUCUGUAUAUCCAGGUAUAAUCCCUCUUUUUCUAAAUAAUCGUAUUUGAUGUUCGAUGUCCUUUCUACGAAAUAAGAGACUACCAAGUGAUCGAUACACGAAGGAAACGUUACUUACUCACUGUCAUUUUACCAUUUACGGCAUUAGCUCGUAAUCGAUAAAUGUACACUGAAUAACUCUUGCAAUGUCGACAUUCUUAAGACUAUCCAGAGCUAGAUAAUAAUUAAAGAUAAACUAAUUGCAUGGCAUCCGGAUUGCAGACUCUCGCAAAUCUUGCUCUCGAAACGUACCUUAGACGAUCUAACAUAAACGUUCGCAAUUGUUCCCGGUUAACGCGGCUCUCGCUCUGCGAACCGAGAUAAAAUGCGUACACUGGGAGACCCAUUUUGUUGAAUGAAACAAAAUUUAGUCGACUCAACUGAAUUUCUUAUUUGGAUAUUGGCAGGCAAAUCUUUCAGUUGAUAUACAAAAAGAUUUAGCUGGAAAAUUUGGUCUAACACACAAAUUUGGUUGAGUGAACAUGCGCCGAAUUCUUUUUUAAUAUUCGACUAAACGAUUUAGUUCACGCAACAGGCACAAUUAUUUAGGACGUGAUGAGAUGGACGAAUUUGUUAUCUCAACCAUAAAGUUUUGUUCAGAUAAACAACUCAUGGAAACAAAAUAGUUGUAACAUUUAGCUUCUUUUUACCAACAUGUCUCUCGUUUUAUACAACCAAAUUGCAUGCUCAGGCAACAAAACGAUUCAAUCGAAUUAUUUCGUUUCAUUCAACAAAAUGUGGUCUCUCGGUGUAGUAACGCGUAUUACAUAAUCUACAUUUUGGAAUUUUACGACAUUAUCGCCCAUAAAGUCUAACUCCCAUGGUCAAAGCGGUGAGAUUUGCGGAUUGACGCUCAUCGGAUCCGAUGCUUUACGACUCUCGCAAUUAUUAUAAAGAUAACACUGCUCGAGCUCGCGAGAGCGCAUUUGUUACGUGCUCUGUACCAACCAGGAAUCGCGUACACCGUACGGCGGUUCGUGGUGGGCUGCUGUGACAGGUGAUGUCCUCGUUCGUAAUGUGGGAAAUAGGCGGAUAUUUGCGGAAGGUCCCGGCACAACUAGAAUAUACUGAGAGCUUGGAAAAAAAAGUCUUCGCGUUAUCGAUUACGUUCACAGGAGCAUGAGACGGAAAUACGUUGCGCGCGGCGGGUGUUUAAAAUACAUCUUCCGUUGUGAUUAACUACGGCGUCGCUUGUUAGCGCUCGAUUUAAGUAUCGAGACUACGCCGGUGCAAUAAUAAAAUUCACGCUCAGCCGAGGAUCCUCUUCCGCGCCGCGCGCCAGUUCCACAGCGACGAUUGUCCCUCCGACUUUGUUUUCGCACGGCGAUUUAUGAAUUAUGCGGGAGGCCGACGGAAGGGUCACACUUGCGACGCAACUGGAAAAUAGCUUGCAAAUGAACCCGGGAGAAAUUUCGAACGGAGGAUAUUUCGUGGCACACAAUGGUAGGCUUGGACCGCCUCGAAUCCAUUCCGAUGGAUCGCCGCGCGCCGCGUCGCUCCAAGUACGACCGCUCGCACUCUUUAGAACGAGUGCCGGGGAGGAAUUUCGUGAUCAUCGCCGAGAUUAAUUAUGUCGUGGACAUUGCGGGAAGAUUAAUGCGAACCCGCUGUGCAAAGUCCUAUCGAGGCGCGAGGACAGUCGUACUCGUCCGAGAGACGCCGCGCCGGAUGACAAACACGAUCGAUGUCAGCGGCUUCAAGACUAUUUGUAAGCCUGGGUGUCUUUUUUAGAGAACAGAGCUAGAAGUAUUGUUACCCGCUGUGCGAAUAUCGAUACCGUAACGCCCACUCUUGUAUCCGUACGACAUGAUCCGUAAGUUAUAAUAACGAUAUUCUAUAAAUGGCUGUACUAUUGUAAAAUCAAAGAUAUAGCGUACAAUAUAUACCUAAAGUUUAGUGUUGUAGGAGGCAAGA